CAAUCGCUUAUGCCAAAUAAAAAUGACAAAAUUAAAAAAGACGAUAAUCACAAAUUUGUAAAAAAUGUCAAAAAUGUUGGGGGAGUGCCUCUUGAAAAUGGCUCCACAAACAAUUUAACAGCCAAUUUUCAUCACAGUCCGAAGCGAAUUAAAGGAAAACCAAUAACCAAGAAAUCUACUCUGACGGAUUCUGUUGCGGGUUUUGUCAAUGAAGUCAUUACUAAUGUGAAUUCAACUAAUGAGCCAAUAAAAUGGGCAAAGAUUCAAAAUCUUCAGACUGGUUUGAAAGGCAAAGAUUCUGCUCUUAUUGUAAUUAUUAUUGGCUUGGCAAGAGGAUAUCAAAUUUAUUUUAUGGAAAAUGGUGAAUUUGAAGAAAUAAUUUCUGUUAGAAACGCUCCUCUUAAAGAUGGAUUACUUCUGCCUUUUAAUGUUGAUGGUGUUGACAGUCUCUCCACUCAUCGCCCAAUAUUUGCUUCUGUUUUCGAGGAGUACUCUUCUGAUGGGAACACUUUAAAUUUUAUUUCUUUGAGUUCUGGAGAGACUUGGCGACGGGAUAAAUUUGACACCCACAUUGCGGAAAUUGAUUUUUCUUCCAACUGUUUUUUGGUAAUGCUUGCCGAAAUAAUUAUAAUUUACAACAAUAAUGACCUCAUUGAACGCUUACGUGUAAAAAUACCAAAAGGAUGUCCAGUGUUUGCCUUGUCAGGAAAUUUCCUUGCUUUUGCUGAUGAAAAUUGGAAACAUUCAUUACUUUCUUGCGGAUUUUCUAGUGACAAUCAUUCAACAGACAACCAUGUAAUGUUAACAGCCAAAAAAAUAACCAAAACAAUGACUUCUUUUGGUGGUUCUUUAGUUUCCUCAAUUACUACACCUUUAAAGAAUGUAAAUAAUAAUGGAAUUAUUAAUAACAACAAUAAAACGGGACUUGUAACAAUUGUAAAUAUUGAUCCAAAUUUAAAAUAUUUUUCAACAUCUUUUAAAUCGAACAAGAAUCAGCCUACCACAAAUCUGGAUUAUUUGGCACAUUUUUGUGCUCAUAAAAAUUCAAAAAUUGGUCAUUUAAUGUUUGGAAAAGGAGGUCAAUUGCUUCUAACUGGUUCUAGUUCAUCUACAAUUUUUAAUGUUUUUCUUGUCAAUGUACACCCAAAAAAUUCAGCUCUUUCAUGUAUUCAACAUAUUUAUUCCCUUGUGAGAGGAAAUUCGACUGCAAAGGUCAUUAGCAGCGUUUUUUCAUCAGACAAUCGUUGGGUAGCCAUUUCUACAAAUCAUGGAAGUACCCAUUUAUUUGCUAUUACACCUUAUGGAGGUCGAGUAACAACGCGUACACAUAACGGCAAAUUUAUGAAUAAAGAAAGUCGAUUUGAAAAAACUGCUGGAAUAAUUAAUAGAACAAAUAAUUGUAAUAGUAAUAGUGGAAGUGGUGGUGGAAAUAAUCAUCAACAAGUUUUUAGAAUCCAUCCUGGCACAAAAAAUUCAACAUUAAUACGAACAGUGUCUAAUGCCCAUGUAUCCAGCUAUUAUGUUAAGCCUAUUGUAUUGUGUUCAUCAGUAUUGGCUAAACAAGCAUUAUUUUCUUCUGAAAGUUUUUGUGCUUGGGCUUCCGACAAUACUCCAAAUAUUUUACAACCAUCAAAUGGUAGUAGACUCCAUCAUAAAAAUGAUUACAAUUCCAAAGAUGUUUCACCAACAGCAAAAAGGGCUGUCAUUUUUACUGACAGUUUAAUUGAUGUAAAUAAAAUUAUUUUUUUUAUUUUAAAAUUUUUUUGA